AUGGCCUCCAUAAAGAAAAGGGAAGAGGAGCGCGGCGCCGGCAAGGAGGGGAAGGUGCGCGGUGGGGGGUCGGAGCUGGACGGCACGGGCGACGAGACGGCCUCCGGGGACAACAGCAACGCUGGCUCGAGCGCGGGCGGCGCCGACGAGGACCAGGCGCGCCUGAGGCUCAAGCGCAAGCUGCAGCGCAACAGGACCUCCUUCACCAACGAGCAGAUCGACUCACUCGAGAAAGAGUUCGAGCGCACGCACUACCCGGAUGUGUUUGCGAGAGAGCGACUGGCCGCCAAGAUCGGGCUACCGGAAGCGAGGAUACAGGUGUGGUUCUCGAACCGGCGGGCCAAGUGGCGGCGCGAGGAGAAGCUGCGCAGCCAGCGGCGCUCUGCGGAGCCGGUGGCCGUGGCGUCGGCGUCGGCGUCGGCGUCGGCGUCGCCCACGACGCGCCUGCUGGCCGGCGCCGCCUUCCCCACGGUAGUGAGUGUCGGACACGUUCUCCUGGAGUACGGGGUGGUUCUCAGCACAGGGCAGCCGCACGUGGCGUUUAGCAGGGACUUGGACAGUAGCUGCGGCUGUUGCAGCCCCAUGGCGGCCAUGCCGACGUUCGGCAUGUCGCCGCCGCCGCAGGGCCCUCCGCCCCCGCAGGGUGGCGCGCCCGCCCCCGCGUGCCCGCCGGCGCCGGCGCCCGCCCCCGGGGGCGGCUACCAGGCGUCGCCCGCCGCCGCCGCCGCCUGCGCCGCCGCCGCAGCCGCCGCCGCCGCCGCGCUCAACGGCCACGGCCAGUACGGAGAGUCGCCGCCGCCGCCCGCCACCAGCAUGUCCAUGACCGUCGGCGUGGGCGUAGGAGCGCACUCCGCCUCCAAGGCGCCGCCGUGCUACGACUACACCGGCCUCAUCUCGCCCGGGGUGUCGGUGCCCAUCGCGGUCCCCGGGCCGGGCCAGCAGGCGGACGUGGCGGCGCAGUACUGGCCGCGCCUGCAGUGA